UCCAAAUAAUUUAAAAAACAUAUUAAAGUCAUUCAUACAAACAUAGUAACACAAUAAAUCGCUUUUAAAUUAAAAUAUUAAAUUACGCACUAUUCUAGGUAUGCGUAAAUUUUUAUAUAUUCUCAUACAUUAUCAUACACAUAUAUCUUUGUAUAGUUUAUCAGUAAUUGGAAUUUACCUUUAAACACAGGCACUAGUAAAGAUCUUAAUCUCUUUUUGACAUUGUUAGCAAGGAAUAGCACAAUUCAAAGUAUCAAGUGAAAAGAAACAUUUAUAAUUUAUACGAAAAUAUAUCUUUGAUUAGUAAAAAAAUCUUCGCUGUUUAAGACGCUUAAGUUCGCCUUUGUAUCUAGUUUGUUAAGUGGUUGCUUCCUUUUUUAUUUCAGAUACAAAUACUCAUCACAAAUGAAUUGCUGCGCUCUAGACAUUCACGAGAAUGUGUGUCAGAGGAAUAAAUUCGCUGGUUAAGAGAGUUAUAUGAGCGCCAAAUAAGUACCACAGAAGUGAAUAAAAUUUUUUUGUAUAAUCAUCCUGUGAAAAAUUAAAAUUAAAACGAGCGCCCGCGCCUAAUGUUACAUGUUACGUACGACCAAUAAUGAUUUCUUUUUUAUCAAUAAUCAACAUUGCACUGAUAAGAAAGAUAACUUCUUCGCUCUUUACGUAUUUGGGACGCUUUUUAAUCUUGAAAUAAUAGCAUACAAUAACAACCAUGACGCGGGACCGUAUGCCUGAUUUGUGUGCAGUAAGUUUAUUAUUAUGCAGUAUGCUCAAGUUUUUAAUUUAUUUACAUUUUUCUAAAGGCGAAAAUAAAAAUUACAGCCUGCUUUGAUUUUUCUAGGUUCGAAAAAACUCUCUUACAAAGAGUAAUAGUUUCUUGAGAAAUGUCCAGUUUCAGAUGAAACAAAGCAAAAAAUUGCAUGAACUUCUUGAGGAAGUUCAAGAAACUCGAGGUUUGAUUGAUGCGAUGAUAGAAAAUAUUGUUAUUGUAAAAAAUAUACAAAACAAUGUACUUUUGCACACAAAUCAAGAAUUUCAGAAAGAAUUGGAAAUCCGAACAUCUACCAUUACUCAUUUAGCUCACAAAAUCUUUAAUAAACUAAGAGGUAAGCUGAAGUUAACCAAUGAUUACUUGAUUUUAGAAUAUUUAUUAUUAAAAUUAGGAAAAGAUAUUAUUAAUAUCGAAGAUAUUACUUUUAAUAUUGCACGAGAAGGACCAGCUUAUAGCAGAAUUAAAGUUUUACAAUAUACAACAAUGUUUAAAAUGUAUUCAGAAACUAUGCAAGAUUACAAUGCAAAUUUAUUACGAUAUCAAGAUAAAUGUUCAUUACUUCUGCACCAACAGAGACAUUUAUUAAGAAGACAGAUUACAAGCCAAGAAUUGGAAGAUAUGCUUGACUCUCCUGAAACUAGUUUAUUUGUCGAUAAUAUUUUAGUAGAAACUAAGUUAGUUCAACAACAAUUAUCAGAUAUACAAAUAAGACAUAAUGAACUUGAAAAACUAGAAAAAUCUAUUGUCGAAGUUAGAGAUAUUUUUCUUGAAAUGGCAUUUGUAGUUGAAAAACAGGGUGAACAAUUAAAUUGUGUCGAGUAUUUUGCAAGUAAAGCUACUGAUGAUAUUGAUAAUGGGCGUGAACGUAUUCAUAAAGCAAAUAAAAAGACGAAAUUAUUGAAAAAGGUAAUAACUAAAGUUUUUGUGCAAUUUUUAAAAUAA